AUGAUUCCAAUUUGGGAGAAUAAUUCCGAAUUCAGUAACGAUUUUGAUAUUUUUGCAACCGAUAAGAAAAUUACGAUAGCGCGAAGUUGUUCGGAUUUAGCACCACGAAGCGAUUGUAAAUGGCCACAUCGAGCAUCAAUUCGACGAACAGCUGGUAGCUCGAAUCUUGAAGUGCAACUAGUUGGCCAAUGUCGAUCAUGUUCACGUGACUAUAAAUGUAAUUGUUGCAGGCAGUGCAAUCAUGUUUCCAUUGUAUAUACUCCGGUAGGUGAAAAUUGA